AUGCUCUCUGGCCCCAAACCCCCAUUCUCUCUGCUGGACCCAAACCACCAUGCUCUCUGCUGGACCCCAAACCCCAUGCUCUCUGGCCCCAAACCCCCAUGCUCUCUGCUGGACCCAAACCCCCAUGCUCUCUGCUGGACCCCAAACCCCAUGCUCUCUGGCCCCAAACCCCCAUGCUCUCUUGCCCCCAACCCCAUGCUCUCUGCUGGACCCAAACCCCCAUGCUCUCUGCUGGACCCCAAACCCCAUGCUCUCUGGCCCCAAACCCCCAUGCUCUCUUGCCCCCAACCCCCAUGCCCUCUGCUGGACCCCAACCCCCAUGCUCUCUGGCCCCAACCCCCAUGUUCUCUGGCCCCAAACCCCAUGCUCUCUGGCCCCAACCCCCAUGUUCUCUGCUGGACCCCAACCCCCAUGCUCUCUGGCCCCAACCCCCAUGUUCUCUGCUGGCCCCAAACCCCCAUGUUCUCUGCUGGACCCCAAACCCCAUGCUCUCUGGACCCAAACCCCCAUGCUCUCUGGCCCCAAACCCCCAUUCUCUCUGCUGGACCCAAACCCCCAUGCUCUCUGCUGGACCCCAAACCCCAUGCUCUCUGGCCCCAAACCCCCAUGCUCUCUGCUGGACCCAAACCCCCAUGCUCUCUGCUGGACCCCAAACCCCAUGCUCUCUGGCCCCAAACCCCCAUGCUCUCUUUCCCCCAACCCCAUGCUCUCUGCUGGACCCAAACCCCCAUGCUCUCUGCUGGACCCCAAACCCCAUGCUCUCUGGCCCCAAACCCCCAUGCUCUCUUGCCCCCAACCCCCAUGCCCUCUGCUGGACCCCAACCCCCAUGCUCUCUGGCCCCAACCCCCAUGUUCUCUGGCCCCAAACCCCAUGCUCUCUGGCCCCAACCCCCAUGUUCUCUGCUGGACCCCAACCCCCAUGCUCUCUGGCCCCAACCCCCAUGUUCUCUGCUGGCCCCAAACCCCCAUGUUCUCUGCUGGACCCCAAACCCCAUGCUCUCUGGCCCCAAACCCCCAUGCCCUCUGCUGGCCCCAAUCAUUUGGUGUAAUAUUUUGGGGUAG